CCUCUGGAAAGUACAGCACCAAGAUCCCCAAGGCGUGCGUGCCUCUUACUCGUACCUUCUCUACAAGCGGCCUUCAUUAUAUCAACGACUUGACACCAUACAUCUAUCUUCACAAAACGCCAUUCUCCCCCUUGAUCUCUAGGCCAACUUUGCCAUCGCCUGCCUCCCUCCCUACUCUCGCGUCCCAUCAUCGCCGUCCUUUCAAUCACCGGCCGUGUCCCCUCUCCUGUUUACUACUCCAUCCGGUCGAUCCAGUGGAUUAUCAAACAGCGCCACCUCCAUAACAGAGAACAUCACUUACACUUGACCGACUCGGCGAUACUCAGACCCCUUCUUCCCUCUCUCUUGGUUCCUCCCACACACCAAUAUUCAGCAUGGACCGACUUAAUCGUAUGCUUGCCGCCGCCCAAGGCAUGGGCAUGCAAGGCCAGAGCGGUGAUACCAGCCUCGUUGACAAUUCAGAAACCGUCUACAUUUCCUCACUUGCACUGCUCAAGAUGCUUCGGCAUGGCCGAGCCGGUGUUCCCAUGGAAGUCAUGGGCCUGAUGUUGGGAGAGUUUGUCGACGACUUCACAGUCCGCGUCGUGGAUGUCUUUGCUAUGCCCCAGUCAGGAACAUCUGUCAGUGUCGAAUCUGUCGAUCCCGUCUUCCAAACAAAAAUGAUGGACAUGCUCCGUCAAACUGGUCGGCCUGAGACUGUCGUGGGCUGGUAUCACUCACAUCCUGGUUUUGGCUGCUGGCUAUCCUCGGUGGAUAUCAACACUCAGCAAUCUUUUGAACAGCUCACUCCCCGCGCCGUCGCAGUAGUAGUCGACCCCAUCCAAUCCGUCAAGGGAAAAGUCGUCAUCGAUGCCUUCCGGUUAAUCAACCCCCAGACGAUGAUGAUGGGACAAGAGCCUCGCCAGACCACGUCCAAUCUUGGUCAUUUGAACAAGCCCUCCAUUCAAGCUCUCAUCCACGGUCUAAAUCGUCAUUACUACAGCAUCGGCAUUCAAUACCGCAAGACAGGCUUGGAAGAGAAUAUGUUGAUGAAUCUGCACAAAGAAGUCUGGACAGAAGGCCUAGAGCUCCCACACAGUUUCGGCGACGAGCGCAAGCGGAAUGAAGAAGGCCUGAAGCAGCUGGUUUCAUUAGCAGAAGGUUACGAGCGGCGAGUGAGAGAGGAGAACGAAUUGACACCGGAGCAACUCAAAACCCGAUACGUCGGCAAGGUUGACCCAAAGAAGCAUAUUGAAGAUGUCGGACAGCGAUUGAUCGAGGACAAUAUCGUGGCGGUAUCAAGGCAAAUGAUUGACAAAGAAGCCAGUGUGGCGAAGAAGGCCCAACAGACCAACGGCAAUGGAAGCCAUGCUUACGAGAAUGGUGACAUGGACGUGGACGACGGACUGUGAGCCGAGGAGGAGCACUACAAGAGGAACAAACAAUUCUAGACGAGAUUCACCAAUGUAAUUUUGUAUCCACGGCCGGGUCGAGCCAUGGGAAUCUUCUUUCCCAGCUUGUUGUAUGCAUGCAUGGCGUUCGAAUUCGAUGCGCAACCAAUUCAUCAGGCAGGACGGUAGUCUCACCAAAAUCCAAAAAUCCAAAUCAUCGAAGAGCUUCAUUGUCGC